CCUUUACUAGCGAGUCGUGAAACGUUGUUGGUCAGUGCAGCGUCUCGUUUAACGACAUGAAGUGCAGCAGUCAGCACUGCAGCGGUGAAUGAUCAAGUAUAACACGUUCGGUCGGGAGCCUCUUGAGAAACUAGUUGCGCCAUCGCUCGUUUAGGACAAUGUUUUGGCCGCAGAUAAUUCGACGUGUCUCACAAGAGUCAGACUCGAAAACAACCCCCGCUAUUAGCGAUGCCUCGAAGAAUCAAACUCCGCCAACGCUACUUUCAAGUUUAAGGAGCGUACUCUUCGUUAUCGGAACUGUGGUGGUCGGAUUCGCCGCCUUCUGCAAUUCUCUGACAUGGCAUUUACAAAGAUUCUGGGGUGCAUCCGGCGACUUCUGGCAAGCUCAGUGGGACAAAAUUUUGGAUAAAUUUGGAGAUGAUCCUGUUACGCUAUGGGUUUACGGAUCCUUAGUGUUGACGUUCGCGGUUUACUGGAUCGUCGGUGGAAUUUACACUAUCCUAGAUAUCACCAACCGGCCGACGGUGCUGCGCAAAUAUAAAAUACAGCCCGGCACGAACGAGCCAGUGGACAAAAGGGAGUUAUGCAAAGUGAUCGCUCAAGUACUGUUCAAUCAGAUCGUCGUCGGCUUACCCAUUAUGUAUCUCGGCUAUUACUUCAUGGAAUGGCGCGGUUACCCCCCGGUGCGCGAGCUACCGACCUUCCACUGGGUGCUCGCUGAGAUCGCGAUUCACAUAUUAUGCGAGGAGAUUGGCUUUUAUUACUCGCACAGACUUCUCCAUAGCGGUUCCCUAUACAAGUAUAUACAUAAGCAGCAUCAUCAAUGGACUGCACCCAUAGCUGUUACCGCUUUGUAUUGUCAUCCCUUGGAAAACAUUGGCUCGAAUCUACUUCCACCCUUCUUGGGUGUAUUCAUCAUGGGCUCCCAUGUGGCCACCGCUUGGAUUUGGUUCUCCCUUGCGAUUCUUUCGACGUUGAAUGCACACUCCGGCUAUCAUUUACCGUUCUUCCCUUCGCCGGAAGCACAUGACUUCCAUCAUUUAAAGUUCAACCAAUGCUACGGUGUGCUUGGCGUUUUGGACCGCAUUCACGGUACCGACACACAAUUCCGCAACUCGCGGAAUUACAUGCGUCAUAUAAUGUUGCUUAGUUUCAUACCGCCCAGGGAAGCUUUCCCAGACGAGGCAAAGUACAAGGCAAAGUAAAGAGCUCUUUCGAUGAUUCUAUAUGAAAGUUUUCAAAAGAUAAUUUCCGAAGAAAAAAAAACUAUUCGCGUUGAAUGCAAUAUUUCCGCAACGGCGACCAAGUCGAAAUAGAUCGUAAAUAUAAUCAAUUUUGUCCGGUUGAUCGACAAGCUUCUUCUUCAAUAACAGAAUUGAAUUAAUUUCAGUAAAUGCACAAUUCUCGAUCAUUCUGCAGUCAGAAAUCAUCAAUUAUCUAUUUUUCGAUGAAAAUUUAUAGUAAUUGUGUUUACUUUUCUUCAUAUUCUUUUAAAUUUUAUGAAAAAUAAAUUCCGUUUCUCAAUAUUAAAUAUAUUGGCAUUCCUUUCGAAUUUUGUUUAAUGCUUUAUUUAUUCCUAUGUAAAAAUUUAAAAUUUUACAUCUUUUUGGAAAUUUAUUCGAUGUACGUAUCAUGUAUGUAGCGUAAUAUUUAACUUAUACUGGUUAAAGGACUCUCGUGAAAGAAACUCGGCUGUCCGUUCACUGAUCUAGUGAUAAUGACUGUAUAUACAAAUGCCAUUCAAGGUUGGACUGAAUAGAGAGAAAA